UCAUGGCGGCUGAAGAGGCAGAUGUGGAUAUCGAAGGGGACCUAGUGCCAGCGGCGGCACAGUCUGGAAGUGAUGAAAAUACAGCGUCAGUUUUACAAGAUCAUUAUCUUGAUUCAUCAUGGAGAACUGAGAAUGGUCUUAUUCCUUGGACUCUGGAUAGCACCAUCAGUGAAGAGAACAGAGCUGUCAUUGAGAAAAUGUUGUUGGAAGAAGAGUAUUACUUAUCCAAUAAGUCACUUCCAGGAAAAUUCUGGCUUGAUCAAAAGGAAGAUGAUAAAAAAUACUUGAAGAGUCUGCAGAAAACAGCAAAAAUCAUGGUACACUCUCCUACAAAACCAGCCAGUUACUCAGUAAAGUGGACGAUAGAAGAAAAAGAGCUGUUUGAACAAGGGCUGGCUAAAUUUGGCCGAAGGUGGACCAAAAUUGCAAAGCUAAUUGAAAGUCGCACUGUUUUACAAGUGAAGAGUUAUGCGAGACAGUACUUUAAAAAUAAGGUAAAAUUAGAUGGUCCAGAAAAGGAAACACCAAAUCAGAAGAAUAGCAGUGGCUUCCAGAUGAGAAAUGAAGAUGAAGCGACAAAGGCAUGGACAGCAUCAGGUUUAAGGGGACGUGCUGAUCCCAACUUGAACGCUGUAAAAAUUGAAAAGUUAUCCGAUGAUGAAGAAGUAAACAUCACAGAUGAAACUGAUGAGUUGACUUCUCCAGUUCCCCAAAAGGAUCUUAGCAGUGUUCUCUUGUUAGACAUGUCUAAUAAUGAAAGACCUGAAACCAGUAAAGCACUGGUUUCUGAAAGCCAAGAAAAUCCCAUUUCCAAAUCUUCCAAGGAAUACCUUCUGACUAUAAAGCAAGGUGAGAUGGAAACACUUUCAAGCUCAGGAAUUAGACUUUGGACUGAAAAUUACAACACCAGUGACCAAAAAUUAGUUGAAUUAAAUGAUCAGAAAUGUGAUAAGCUGAUGAAGAACUGUGAUAAACAUGAUGGGAAUGGAAUAACAGAUGAUGCCAGACAGUUGCCUUCUCCAGAGCCUUGUGAAGCUCAGAAAGACUUGAGUGAUAAUGAAUUGCUUUUUCAUUCCUCCUGCCAAAUGGAGGAGGAGAGCCAAGAGGAAGAAGAGCUUAAGCCACCAGAACAAGAAAUAGAAGUUGAUAGAAAUAUCAUUCAAGAAGAAGAAAAACAAGCAAUUCCUGAGUUUUUUGAGGGGCGCCAAGCUAAAACACCAGAACGCUAUUUGAGAAUUAGGAAUUAUAUUUUGGAUCAGUGGGAGAUAUGCAAACCGAAAUACUUAAAUAAGACCUCAGUACGUCCUGGCCUGAAGAACUGUGGGGAUGUUAAUUGUAUUGGACGGAUUCAUACAUACCUCGAGUUGAUAGGAGCAAUCAAUUUUGGAUGUGAACAGGCUGUAUAUAACAGGCCACAACCAGUUGACAAAGUACGAAUCAGAGACAGAAAAGACACGGUAGAAGCAUACCAGCUUGCCCAGCGCCUGCAGUCUAUGCGCACAAGGAGACGCAGAGUCCGAGACCCUUGGGGAAAUUGGUGUGAUGCAAAAGAUUUGGAAGGGCAGACAUUUGAGCAUCUCUCUGCUGAGGAAUUGGCAAGAAGAAGAGAAGAGGAAAAAUGCAAACUUGGUAAACCUUCAAAAGUACCAAGACCAACAAAAAGCUCAUUUGAUCCCUUCCAGCUGAUACCUUGUAAUUUUUUCAGUGAAGAAAAGCAGGAGCCAUUUCAGGUGAAAGUAGCUUCAGAAGCACUUUUAAUAAUGGAUUUGCAUGCUCAUGUUUCUAUGGCAGAAGUGAUUGGUCUGUUAGGAGGAAGAUAUUCAGAAGCUGAUAAAAUAGUUGAGGUCUGUGCAGCAGAACCAUGUAACAGUCUGAGUACAGGACUACAGUGUGAGAUGGAUCCUGUCUCACAAACACAAGCCUCGGAAACCUUGGCUGUCAGGGGCUAUAGUGUUAUUGGAUGGUAUCAUUCUCACCCUGCCUUUGACCCUAAUCCUUCCUUACGAGAUAUUGACACUCAAGCCAAAUACCAGAGUUACUUCUCCAGAGGCGGUGCAAAGUUCAUUGGGAUGAUUGUUAGUCCUUAUAAUCGAAAUAAUCCUUUACCUUAUUCUCAGAUUACCUGCCUGGUUAUAAGUGAUGAAAUUAGCCCAGAUGGCUCUUAUCGUUUACCUUAUAAAUUUGAAGUACAACAGAUGUUAGAAGAACCUCGGUGGGAGUUAGUGUUUGAAAAGACAAGAUGGAUAAUAGAAAAAUACAGGCUAUCCCAGAGUAGUGUCCCCAUGGAUAAAAUCUUUCGCCGAGAUUCUGACCUGACUUGUUUGCAGAAACUUUUGGAGUGUCUGAGGAAAACUCUGAGCAAAGUGACCAAUUGCUUCAUUGCUGAAGAAUUCUUGACUCAAGUGGAAAAUUUAUUCCUUUCCAGUUACCAAAGCAAGCCAGAGAAUGGAGUGGCUGAAGAGAACUGUACUGUGGGGCAAAAGGAAUUGUUAAUGUAA